GCCGCGCCGCGCCGUGCCGGGGGUGCCGUCACUCGGCGCUUCCAGCAUGCUCCUAAGAUGGCGGUAGCGGCGGCGGGCGGCGGCGGCGGGGGCGGCCGGGCGCAGCGCAGCGGCUGGCUGGAAGUUUUGGUGCGGGAGCGCUGGCACAAAGUGCUGGCCAACUUGGGCGGCGAGGCGCUGGUGCUGAGCGGCGAGGAGCGCCCCGACGGCGCGGCCCAUAACGGCCUGGGCGGCGAUGGGGCGGCGUGCCGCGGGGCCGAGGGCGGCGGGGGGGCGGCGGCCGUGCGCACCGCCUUCACCGACCCCCCCGAGCAGGUGCCCGAGGCCGUCUCCAACAAGAAGCGGUGCGUGAAGGUGCUGAAGCAGGAGCUGGGCGGGCUGGGCAUCAGCAUCAAGGGGGGCAAGGAGAACAAGAUGCCCAUCCUCAUCAGCAAGAUCUUCAAGGGGCUGGCGGCCGACCAGACCCAGGCCCUCUACGUGGGCGAUGCCAUCCUGGCCGUCAACGGCACCGACCUGCGGGAUGCCACCCACGACGAAGCGGUGCAGGCGCUCAAGCGGGCCGGCAAGGAGGUGCUGCUGGAAGUGAAGUACAUGAGAGAAGCCACCCCCUAUGUGAAGAAAGGCUCUCCUGUUUCAGAAAUUGGGUGGGAGACGCCUCCCCCCGAAUCUCCCCGCUUGGGUUGUGCCUCUGCCGACCCCCUGUCGCAGCUUUCGCUCUCCAUCCACAGAGACAAGAAGACAAUACCGCUCAAGAUGUGCUAUGUGACGCGCAACAUGACGGUGUCAGACCCCGAAAACAGACUUAUUGAAGUUCAUUCACCUGAUGCCAAGCACACCGUGGUGCUCAGGAGUAAGGAUUCGGCUACAGCCCAGGCCUGGUUCAAUGCCAUCCACUCCAGUGUCAAUGAGCUCAUCCCCAGGGUGAUUGCAGAGGUCAGAGACCAGCUGGGUAAAACAGGGAUUGCUGGAAGUCGAGAGAUUAGACAUCUAGGCUGGCUUGCAGAAAAGGUGCCAGGAGACAAUGAGAAGCACUGGAAGCCAGUGUUAGUGGUCUUGACAGAGAAAGACCUCUUAAUAUAUGAGAGCAUGCCACGGAUGAAAGAAGCUUGGUUCAGCCCUCUGCAUACCUACCCCCUGCUAGCCACCAGGUUGGUCCAUUCUGGCCCAGGAAAAGGCUCACCGCAGUCAGGGGUGGAUUUGUCUUUUGCAACCCGUACUGGUACAAGGCAAGGGAUUGAAACCCAUCUGUUCAGGACAGAGACUAGCCGAGACCUCUCACUGUGGACGAGGAGCGUAGUGCAGGGCUGCCACAAUUCUGCGGAGCUCAUCACGGAAAUCACCACAUCUUGCACAUAUAAAAGCCAGGAGUGCCGUUUGACCAUCCAUUAUGAACAUGGAUUCUCUCUUACAACUGAACCGCAAGAUGGUGCCUUCUCUAAGACAAUUGCACAAUAUCCUUACGAAAAACUGAAAAUGUCCUCAGAUGAUGGGAUAAGGAUGCUUUAUUUAGACUUUGGAGGAAAGGAUGGAGAAAUUCAACUGGACCUUCAUUCCUGUCCAAAACCAAUUGUGUUCAUCAUUCAUUCCUUCCUGUCAGCAAAGAUUACAAGACUUGGCUUGGUGGCAUAAGUGGGAUACAUCUGUUUCUUCAAAGAAGGACAAAGCGACCAUGCUAAUCUGAAGUACAGUCAACAGCAGCAGCCCAUACCAGCUAGCAGCAUACACCAGCUUGGGGUUCAGUACUGGGUGUUGGUCAUUUCUGCAGUCUUCCAAGGCCCAGGUUUCAUUUUGAUCAGCUAAAGAGGUGACAUGACAAGGAAAACAGUGGAUUUCAUUGUAAAUAACGGGAUUUUAAAAUCCCAUAUGAGACAGUAAAAGCGUGUAGUACCAUACAUGUAAAUGUUUCAGAAUCAUAAAUUGUGCCUAUUUCAAUGUACUUGUUUAUAUAGAAUAAGUAAAGGGCUAAGCAGACAAGAGCGGGUGUUGGUUGUGAUGCAAGCUUAAAGUUGUUUGAGUAGAGGUUCUCCAGACAAGAUUGUCCCACCACCCAAACGUAAAAUAUUUUUUCUGUUCUAACCUGUGCACCGCUUACAGAAGAUUUUUCUCUUGGAGUGCUGUCAGAACCUCUUGCUUGAAUACCCAGGAGAGCAUGCCAAUAUGCACCUUUGAGUCAGAUGCUCUAAAGCAAUAGAGCUGUGGUCAGUGAACAGCCGGAGGGUCCCUGCUGAGUGGCACUUUCAAGUUAAAUGAUGAAGACAUCUUGUGUACAUUCCUAGCGAUGGACCCAAAGCAAGACUAGCUAUAGCGAUGUAUUGGGAGCUGGCUGUCAGUGGGGCGUAGGUAGGAGUGUCCUUUGUUACUGAACACACAGGAUGUAUUUUUACAGUGACUUCCCAGAAUGGCUUAAUGAGUUUCAACUAACCAAGAUCCCCAGCUCAGGUAAAAGUUACCUAAAUCCAUGCUGAAGCAUGACCUAAGCUUGUGCCAGCACAUUUCCACAGUGGUUUUCCAACAGAAAGCCAUGCUGAGCUUCCUGUCCUCCUACCCCUACGGUGUCACCCCCUCAGCUCUGACGAGGCUGGUUAUGUGGUCUUCAUAGAACAAAUGUGGGGAAGGAGGAAGACUUGAUUUUUUGAGAGUUUUCUAGAUUAGAUCAGAAAAAUUAUUCAAGAAGCUCCACAACAGUGAGGAAACACACCAGGGCAGGAACACGAGCUGCACUGCCAGAAAAGCCUUAAUACGGAACUGCUCCUGUGAGCAUGACUCGGCAAGUUCAGCUUUAUUCCUUACUGGUGAAACACAAGACGUUCACCUCUGUACCCAUAACUUACUAGUUCCUGUUUUGCACCACAGCUUACCGUUUUAAGUCAAAACAUGCGAAUCACUGAGUUUCAGCCUUGUUCACAGUUACAUUGGGUGCAAAGCAGGCAGGAACACUGACCUUCAUCGUCAGAGAUGAUGCACACAGCUUGCACCUGGAACUACUAAAUUGUCUUAAUGUGGUCAGGUGGGAACAGGGAACUACUAAAUUGUCUUAAUGUGGUCAGGUGGGAACAGGGAACUACUAAAUUGUCUUAAUGUGGUCAGGUGGGAACAGGGAACUACUAAAUUGGCUUAACGUGGUCAGGUUGGGAAGCAGAACAGGGAUGGUAUUUAUGUUGCUCUUACUUUGCAAACAGAACUGCUUCAUAUAGGGGUGAGAUUUUGUUUGCUUUUAGACUUUUGCCCUAAAUUCAUACUUUGAAGGACAGGAACUGUACAGGAAGUAAUAAAUCCAAAGCUUGUGGAAGUUCACUUGUCAUAUUACAACACUUCUUUUAUUCUUGGGAAAGCACAUUAAGUUUCAACUUAGCAUCACUUAGCUGGCAAAGAGGAAAAUUAAAAACACAGUUUGGUUCCAUGUUGCUUUUAAGCUACGUCUUGAAAUUUAAGUGUAAGUCAUGCUGUUUAUUCACAGUAUAGGAAUUAAUUUGUGGUGGUUUCUAUAGCUAUCUUAAUCAUCGAAACUAAUUAAAAAAUUAAGAUGAUGGGCUGAAUCCACAAAUACAGAAAACGAUCAUUGAAGAACAGCUAAAUUGCCAUUUGGAAGAGCAG